ACUGCAGCAGCUACAACUGCCGCACCUGCAACUGCUGCAACUGCAACUGCAGCACCUACAACGGCUGCACCUUCAACUGCAGCACCAACAACCGCCGCACCUACCACUGCAGCACCUACAACUGCCGCUCCAACGACUGCUGCACCUACGACUGCAGGACCUACAACAGCUGCACCUAUGACUGCCGCACCUGCAACAGCUGCAGCUACAACUGCCGCACCAACUGCUGCACCUACAAUGUCUGCACCAACAACGGCAGCACCAACAACUGCUGCUCAAACAACUGCUGCACCAACCACUGCUGCUCAGACAACUGCCGCACCUACAACUGCCGCACCUGCAACUGCUGCACCCACAAAUCUCAUAACAUCAAGGGUGUCUUUCAGAUCUGUUCGAGACACAUUUACAACUGACUUGCUGAAUCCAUCAUCUCCAGCUUAUAUAAGGAGAGCUUCAAUGAUAGAGAGACAGCUUCAUCCUGUUUUUCAAGAGGCAUUCCCUUCCUCCUUCAGAUCUGUGAAAGUGGUGUCAUUUAGUGAGGGAUCAAUCAUCACCAUCAUGGAUGUUAGCUUUGUGAACACAUCUGCUCCUAGUAACACUCAGAUUGGAAGUGUUUUGAUCAACGCAUCUUCAAUCGUCACCGGCUUUGACAUUGAAGGCAGCUCCAUCACUGUGAAUGGCAUAGUGUCAGGUGGAGUAAUCCACGGGAUCAGUCUUGUCACCGCAUCCUGCCUGGUACUGUUGUCAUGGCUACUGUCAAACCAGCAAUAACAUCAGUGCUGAUUUUACAUUUACCAUUGCCAUCUGAUGAUGACUGCGUUUACUAUUUCUAAAAAGGACUGCCAAUGGUAAAAAUCCAUGAUUCAUGAUUGUCAUGAAUUGUGUACAGCUUCGAAUGAACAGGGCAAGCGUAAGCUUGUAUUCCUUAAGGAACACAAGGCCAUCGAAGGUUUCCAUCAAUGUUUCUGUGGCAGAUAUGUUUUUUUGUUUUAUUUUGAUUUUACUGUUUGGGGUUGACAACCCUAAGCCCAACCUCUCAUGGUUUCUGGUUUCUGGUGUGUUUUGAGGUUGAUUUGUAAGUCCCCUCCCCUGACCUAUUGUCCUCCAGAUAAUAAAUUAGAGUCACAUACCACAUGGGACCAAACAGACUUAGGUUCUGGUAUGAGCUGUCCUGGUACAUCAAGCCCAGCCAACUCCCGCUGCUAUGUUGUGAACGCUGCCAACAGUACAACCAUGUAUCUAUUGUAGUAUUUCAUACCAGCAGCACAAGACAGAGCCGCUGAUAAACUUGCUGUCCAAAUCAUCUUUAACUACAAGGUCCAUCGAAUCAUCAUUAGAAUAAUGUAAUUAUUAUUAAUAUAAUUUCAAGCCCUGGUAUGUCAGAAAAUAAUGAGCACUGAUCUCUUGCAAUAUUUAACUUGAUAGUUAUGAAUGUUGUCUUGUUUAUUCAUGUCUGCCAAAACCAGUAAAGCCAGCCACACUGGAAAGUAAACUGUGGAUCACACUCACCAUUUCUGAAUGGUGAAUUAAAUGAAGGAACACAUGCAGGUCAUAGUGGGCUUCACAUCCCAACCCAGAACUAAUGUGUAGAGUUUUAUCAUCGUGGUAUACAUGAUAUCAAACCUGUCUAUCUUAUUUAUACUUUAUAUCUUAAGUAUUUUUAUGUAAUUAUGCUGUAUUCUAGAAGAUUUUGUGUAGUUUGUACAGUUUCUGUCAGAAACCUUUCAGUGAGUACAGAAUAAAAAAUCUUUGAGGAAUUUAAAUCAUCUCUCAUGUGAUGUUUUGCGAUUUUAGUGGGGAAAUAGAAAAUGUAUCACAGCAUGUUUAACAUCAGCAGCUUUAAUUAAGGCAGUAGUGAUGUUUACAGAUAGUCACACCCUGCCGUGUGAUUUCCCAUAAUUAAAUGUCACAAUAGCGCCUUACAGGCGCUCUCAGCCUUUGUUGUGUCAGUAAAUCAAGUUUGUCCAGAGAGAGAGAACUGGGAGUGGUGCAUUCUUUACUUUGGCUAUAAGAUUCAUAUUUAUUCAAACACCGCCACACAGUCUGAGAGAACCAUUGUUUUUCGGUCACCUCAGACGCAGAGUAACCACCAGCAUUAAA